AUGGAAUUGCAUUUAUUACUGUUUAUUGGCUGUUAUGUGAUACUAUUACAGAAUUAUGCAAUGUCUGACAAAAUAUUGGAAAAGCGUGAAAUUUCAAGUCUUUCAAAUAUCGUCAGACCUAACGAAAUUGAAGGUAGCGGUGUUCCACCAUUGUUAUCCAAUAAGCAGAAAGAUAAUGAAGGAGGAGCGGAUAUAGAAUGGGAUGGAUCAGGUAUAAGUCCUGAUGAUGAAGAUGGUGAUGUUAUGGAAGGUUCCGGAGCUCAUAUCGACGAAGUUAGUGGCUUACCUGUAACUAGCACAACUUCUGUAUAUCCAUUAAAUACAACUCGAUUAACUACUCAAUAUUCUUCGUUCGAUAUUCAUGAAUUGGGAGUUGAAUCAGAUGAAGAUGAUGUAGCUAUUGAAGAGAUCCCAGCAACUACAGUAACUAGUAUAACAGUAAAAUCUUGGACAACAACAUCCCGGAGGCCAUUACAACCAUUGACACCACUAAUCACAGAACAAACAGCGCCGCCAACUGUAUUCGAAGAGAAGCAUAACAUUCCAUUUGACGCUUUGCUCAAACCUGGUGUUCUAGCUGGUAAGUGA